CUGCACCACAGAUUAUAUCGCCAGAGCUCAGAGGAGAAAGUGAAAGGAAUUUAAGAGCGCUACUGCUACUGUGUUACACCUGGUGUGAACGUUCCCGGUGGGCACUUGCUCGGACAAACACCUGUUAUACUAGAACGGAGUUUUAAUCUUAGGGUUAAUUUUGGAAAAUAAAGGUUGCGAAUCGGAUCAACAGUUCCAUCGACAUGAAAACGCAACUGGUAGUAUUUCUGGCCCUGGCCGCAACCGGCUAUUGUUUCCCUUCCAGGGAGACGCGAUCAACUAACUCUGCCUGUGACCCCAACCCCUGCUUCAAUGGAGGUACCUGCAUGGACCUGGGCAGCUUCUACGUGUGCGUUUGUGAACAGGAGUACCUGGGAAUGCACUGUGAAACGCGCGAAACCCCUGUGGCUGUAGUGCAGGAGGAUCCAUGCGACCCCGAUCCUUGUCUUAAUGGCGGACUGUGUUAUCGCCAGGAUGAGAGUGGGACUAGCGCUAGGCAGUUUCGCUGUAUCUGUCAAGGGAAUUUUGCGGGCGAACUCUGUGGUGCCCAGCUGCUGACGUCAGAGUGUGAACCUAAUCCGUGCCAGAAUGGCGGUGCCUGCGAACCCAGCCAAACCGCAGCUUCAGGCUAUGUUUGUCGAUGUGCCGAAUCCUACGGCGGAGCCAACUGCGAAAGAAUGCCUUGUGAUAUGGAUCCCUGCAUGCACGAAGGCGACUGCUUCACUGGAUACAAGAACAGAGGUCUCUUCAUGUGUAGAUGCAAGACAGGCUUCAAGGGCGAGCAAUGUGAAAUCUCCGACCCAUGCAUGGACAACCCGUGUGGGGAAGGCAACAUGUGCAAGCCGGGUAGCGAUCAUACAUUCACCUGCAUGUGCCCCUGUUCCCCUGGAAGCACCUGCCUUAGUGGACCCGAUGGAGGUAAUGGAGAGACAGACGGAGGAGAUAGCAGUACAGAAAGACCAGACGGCAGUGAAACCGAUAGUACCGGUUCCGGAAGUUCAAGUUCCAGCGGUGGUUCUGAUAGUUCUGGUUCCGAUAGCGGUUCUGGUGGUUCUGGAACCGGAAGUGGAACUGGAAGUGGUAGUACCGAUUCUGGGAGCUCUGGUAGUUCUGGUUCCAGCAGUGGUUCUGAUAGUUCUGGUUCCGAUAGCGGUUCUGGUGGUUCUGGAGGUCAAAGUGGAACUGGAAGUGGUAGUACCGAUUCUGGGAGCUCUGGUAGUUCUGGUUCCAGCAGUGGUUCUGAUAGUUCUGGUUCCGAUAGCGGUUCUGGUGGUUCUGGAGGUCAAUCUGGAACUGGAAGUGGUAGUACCGAUUCUGGGAGCUCUGGUAGUUCUGGUUCCAGCAGUGGUUCUGAUAGUUCUGGUUCCGAUAGCGGUUCUGGUGGUUCUGGAACCGGAGGUCAAACUGGAACCGGAAGCGGUAGUUCUGGUUCUGACAGUGGCUCUGGAACCGGAAGCGGUAGUUCCGGCUCCGGAAGUUCUGGUUCCGACAGCGGUAGUGGUAGCUCUGGGAGUGGAGGUCUCACUGGAACUACAUCGCCAUGUUUUCAAAUGAUGGAAGAGACCGAGUAUUGCAACCGACGUGGGUUCUGUGUUGAAGACGACACUAGUGCAUUCUGCCGUUGUUUCGACGGUUAUCGGGGCUCCACCUGUCAGCUAGUCGAUGAUCCUAGUUCUGGCGGAGACUCAGCUACCAACGGCACCGGUUCUGAUAACUCCGGUACAGGGACAGGGACAGACGGCUCUGGGACGGACGGAGGCACCGGGGAUGGCAACACUCUCCCCCAGGUCGGACCGGGAUCAGGCUCCAGUGGGUCGGGUACAUCUGGGAUCAGUAUCAAACCGUGCUUCGACAUGAUGCGCGAGUCCAACAACUGCACCAAUCACCAGGGGUACUGCAUGGAAAGUCGGAAUGCCGGUGCCGCGUGCGUCUGCUAUCCCGGCUUUCGAGGCGUCGACUGCUCCGAGACCAUAUGAGCAUGUGCUUUACUGAAUUCCAAUGUGUAUUGCAGUGUGAUAAAGGAAGGACUAAGCGAAGUCUAACGUUUAAACAUAAUACAUGUAUCAUGAUUUGGUCAACUUCCUCAUCGUCUAAUUGUAUUUCUUAAAGAAACUUUUUUUGGGGGCGGGCCUCCUUUAUCUGAAUUUCAAAACACAGAGAUUACUUCAAAUCUUACUAGCACAAACGAUUCCAUUUUAAAGAGUGAUUAUUGUAUUUUCAUUGUAGAUCAUUCUAUAGAAGUCGGAGCUUUAACCAAUUUAGGGUUAAUCACUUAACCAUGUACAGAAAUGGAAUGUCUGCAUGAUAAUAAUAAUUAAACAUUAACUUAAUGCCGCGCGCUUAUCUUUUCAAAGGUCACCCAAGACGCAUGCUUUAGGUCAACACGUCGUGUUCUGGUGGUGGGAAUAUGCAAUAUAGAACUGUAUGAAUGUAAGAAAAACAUACUAAUCAAAUAACUGCUGGAGAUAAAAAAAAACUAACGUGGCCUGAGUUGUUUUUAUUUGUUUAUUUCAGGUCAGUUGAGUGAGUGAGCCGUUUGUGGCGGUUUAAAUCAUUUUCUUCUUCUUGAGAUUAUAGGAUAAGGACAUUUCAAUCAUAUCCUAAUUUUGUUUGUCGAAAGGUUGUUUUGAAGAGAACAUACCCCAGGUCAUUCGCCAUUUUGCAUUUUAUAAAAAUAAAUGAAAAAGUAAACGACACAAUUUAUGCAAUCGCUAUUUUUGUGGGAACCCCCCUCCCCCCCCAAAAAAGGGUAUCGAACUGUCUAUUCCCAACUCUUUUCUUAAGAAUUUUUGAAUUCCCUGCCGGCAGGAAAAUAUCUAGUUAUUUUUAAAGAUUAUAUAAGGAAAAAGUUGGUAUAAUUAACCAUUAACUGUAUAAUAAUCAUUAACUGUGUAAUGUGUGGCAUUUAUAUACUCACAGAAAAGGUGUGUAAUCAUUGUAUGUAAUUGAUGUUUCAUUGAGUUAAAGCGUCCGGUAAUUCUGUCAUGGAUUAAAACAAGUGAAGUUGA